UAAAUAAAAAAAGGAAAAAAAGCACAGAAAAAAAGAAAAAGAAACGAGAAAAACCGUAGAGGGAAAAACGAACAAGAAACACUCCUACUGCUCAACGUUACAGUGAGCCACUAAUCUUUACCGACAGAGUUUAGGGUUAUGACCUGAUUCAGUUUAGUAGCACCGAAUACAGAAGAAGAAGAAGGAGAAAUCCUCACCAUACAGAAAGCAUGGCACUCAAGUCAGGAGAGGAGCGCCUGAAAGAGAUGGAGGCAGAAAUGGCUCUUUUUGAGCAGGAGGUUCUUGGGGGUCCAGUACCGGUAUCGGGAAGCCCGCCUGUCAUGGAAGCAGUACCUGUAGCUCUGGCUGUCACAGCGGUUCCAGUAGUGCGACCUAUUAUUGGCACCAACACCUACAGACAGGUCCAGCAGACAUUAGAAGCCAGAGCUGCUAGUUUUGUUGGUCCUCCACCACCAGCCUUUGUGGGACCAGUUCCUCCAGUACGUCAACCGCCGCCUCCCAUGAUGAGACCAGCCUUUGUUCCACAUAUCCUGCAGAGACCUGGCGGUCAGAGGCUGCAGGUAAUGCGUGGUCCUCCCAUGGCCCCUCCUCUGCCCCGGCCUCCUCCACCACCUCCUAUGGUGCUGCCGUCUUCCCUGCAGGGCCAGAUACCUCAGGGUCCUCCUCAUCCCAUCCAACACAUAGUUGCUGCACCUCAGGUUGGUGAUAUGGUUUCUAUGGUGUCUGCUCCACCUGUGAGACAUGGACCCCUGCCUCCUGUCAAAACAACACCGUCCAUCAUCCAGGCAGCACCAACUGUGUACUCUGCUCCUCCUGCCCCUAUUGGACAUAAAAGAAAUGAUGUUCGGGCUCAGAGACAAGCCAGAAUGGAAGAACUGGCAGCGCGAGUUGCAGAGCAGCAGGCAGCAGCGAUGGCAGCAGGUCUACUGGACAAGAAGGAGAGUGAAGACAGCAGCGCCAUGAUUGGGCCAAGCAUGCCUGAGCCUGAGCCCGUCCACACUGAGCCCGUGGAAAGUGCUACAGAAGACAAAAAGAAAGCAAAGGUUGAGAAGGUGAAAAAAUGUAUCCGAACUGCAGCAGGCACCAGCUGGGAAGACCAGAGUCUGUUGGAGUGGGAUUCAGAUGAUUUCCGUAUAUUCUGUGGGGAUCUCGGUAAUGAGGUCAAUGACGACAUACUGGCCAGAGCCUUCAGCAGAUACCCAUCUUUCCUCAAAGCUAAGGUGGUCAGAGAUAAACGGACAGGAAAAACCAAAGGCUACGGGUUUGUGAGCUUCAAAGAUCCGAACGACUACGUCAGAGCCAUGAGAGAGAUGAACGGGAAGUACGUUGGGAGUCGACCCAUCAAACUGAGGAAGAGCAUGUGGAAGGACCGCAACAUUGAAGUUGUUCGCAAGAAACAGAAAGAGAAGAAAAAACUGGGCCUCAGAUAAUGUUUUGUGGGGUUUCAUGUGUUGUGCUCACCAGGGGACAGAUGAUGUUGAGUUUUAUUCUUAUUUUGACCUGUCCAGUCUCUGAGGUUGAACAGGUGUUACAUUUUUUUUUCUUCCUCAAAUAAAACCACCAUUUAUAAGUUGUU